GGGGGGUUUUUUUCUCAUUUUUUUUAUAUUUGCGCGGGCUACAAUCAUGUCUCAUUAACAAAGGUUUUGGUUAUUCUGUUAGAGUUUCUGAAAAACUGGUUUUCCAGGAAACCGGGUCUUAAAGAGUCGUCAGCCGAUAUCCUUUUAAGCUUUUAUCUACUCGAGACUCCCUAUCGAAUGAUGCAUGAACGAAUGAAAUCGGAGCGGGGCACCUGGGAAUGUUCCCUCGUGAGAAUGAACAUUUCGGGCUUUUGUUGUACAUUCUAUAACUUUGCAAAGAAAGGUCGUGCAGAGCUGGGAGAUGUCUCAUUUUAAUCAGAAAUUUGCGGGCUACAAUCAUGUCUUACUAAGGAAAUGUUUUAAUUAUUUUUCAGAGUUUCUGAAAAACUGGUUUGCCAGAAAACUGGGUCUUCAAGAGUCAUUGGCACGAAGCCUUUUAGGCUUUUUACUAUCCCGAUACGCUCUGUCGAUUGACGUAUGAACGAUUGAAAAAGGAGUGUUACAGUAGAAUAGUGUCCCUCGUAAGUAUACAUCACAAAAUACUGAAUUUCCUAUGUUUUGUUCUUAAAGGUAUGAUGGAAGUAGAGGAUCAAAAGCGCGUCGAGAAUUGUUUGCUGAGUUCGAAAGACAACGUCAUUUAUUGGCGCAGUUUAAAAAUUUAAUUGAUCAUCAGCAAGUUGAACGACUCGUGGAACUUCGUCGUCAACGUCUUCAUGUCAGAAACGAUGCUAAACGUAUUCAUCGUAGCUCAAAUGUAGCAUUACAACGUGCACGUAUUCGAAAUCUUCUUGAUAUCAAUGCAGGCGAUACACGUGAACCGCUAUACGAAAAUUCAUUUUCAUCAUUUCAACACGAAAGUUUGGAUGCUGGGAAAGUGAAUGAUAAACGAAAACGAACAGUUUAUCAUUGUCGUUUGCCGAUAUUAAAACCCAACGUACCUACAGCACGUGAAAUAUUUCAGUCAAAACAGCAACAACAAGCAGCAUUAAACGCUAUUAAACGCUUUCGUUCAACAAAAAGAUGGUCUGUACUAGAAACACAAUUUCAACCGAUGGAUGGUCGUAUUUCAUUUGGAUUCCCGACAAAAGGAAUGGAAAAUUUACAACAAAAACGAAUUGACAAUAUUGUUAAUAGUUGUAUUUCUAAUUUAGAAGAGUGUAAUAUGGAAACUAGUGGAUAUGAACAUUUCCGAUUUGUGGUAGAUGCAACAAGAAAUGCGUCACUAUUAUCUCAGCAAAAUGUCGAUGUUGGUAACCAAGAACACUGA